GGCCGUUGGGUGCAUGACCCCCCCCAGAGGACCCAGGCCAGGGCCCUGAGCAGUUCGGCGAGGCUGCACGUGGGCCUCCAUUCACCAUGAACCGGUACCUCCCGGUGGCCCGGCAGCACUUCCUGGCCGUGCUGGCCAGCACCAGCGUGGUGGUGAAGUCCAUCUGUGCCACCGUGGUCCUCCUCUACCUGCUCUCCUUUGCGGUGGACACGGUGUUCGGGCUCGGCGUGACUCCGGGUUACCUCUUUCCCCCCAACUUCUGGAUCUGGACGUUGGCCACGCACGGCGUGGCGGAGAAGCACGUCUGGGACGUUGGCGUGAGCUUGGCCACGGUGGUGCUGGCUGGCAGGCUGCUGGAGCCCCUAUGGGGAGCGCUGGAGCUCCUGAUCUUCUUUGCAGUGGUGAAUAUCUCGGUUGGGCUUCUGGGAGCCUUUGCCUACUUUCUCACCUAUGCAGGGUCAUUCAAUCUCGUGUACCUGUUUAACAUUCGCAUCCACGGCAUACUGGGCUUCCUUGGCGGGGUCUUGGUGGCCCUCAAGCAGACCAUGGGUGACAGCACUGUCCUGAAGGUGCCCCAGGUGCGGAUGAAAGUGGUCCCUAUGCUCUUACUCCUUCUCCUGGCUGUUCUGAGGCUGACCACUCUAAUAGAAAGCAACCGAUUGGCAUCUUACGGCUUUGGAGUCCUCUCCAGCUGGAUCUAUCUCCGUUUCUACCAGCGGCACAGUCGGGGGCGUGGCGACAUGUCAGACCACUUUGCCUUUGCCACGUUCUUCCCCGAGAUCCUGCAGCCUGUGAUUGGUUUGGUGGCCAACUUGGUGCACAGCAUCUUGGUGAAAGUAAAAGUUUGUCGGAAAACAGUGAAACGUUACGAUGUGGGCGCUCCUUCGUCCAUCACCAUCAGCCUGCCUGGAACAGACCCGCAGGACGCUGAGAGGAGAAGGCAGCUCGCCCUGAAGGCGCUGAACGAGCGGCUGAAGCGCGUGGACUCCUCAGGGAGAAAAGCCAAAGCAGCCGAGACCCCAGCGGUGCGGGGAAAGGGGCCAGCCAGGAGUCGAGCAUCAUCACCUUCGAGGACGCCCCUGCUCAGCUGUGACCUGGGACCCCAGCACCUCCCCUUUCCCAUCUCGGUGUCACAGUGA